AUGUGCUGAGUGUUUAUUCUGGGCCCAUUCAUGUUCUAACUGCUAGAUUCUAGACACAGACUUGUUCAAUGGAGCUCAGAGUUUAUUUGGAGGAAACAAACAUGAAACUCAGUAAUACAGUUAGAGGCACAGGGAACAACAUGAAAAGCCAGUGACAGGAAUUUAGAACAUGUGACAGGUCUUGGUCUAAUGAAUAAGUAGCAAUUUCCGGGUAGAGGCCAUCUACAUUAGUGCUCUUUGAGCAUAUUCUGAGCAUAAGAUUGGUUCUAGAACAGAAGUGUGACUGAGGCAGAGAUAGGGCACCAUGACCAUCAAUGAAAGGAGGUAAGGGAAGGAGGGACAAAGCCCAGGUGGAUCCUUACCCAGCUUACUCCAAUAAAUUAGGUGAGGGAAGGGACCAGAAACAUCAUUCAUGCCAGACCUCAAAGAUGUAAAUUUCAUCUCAUUUACUUGGAAAGUGAGGCCGUUGAGUGGGGCUGAAAAUUAGGCGUGACAGAAUGGGAUAGAACAACAAGAAAUUCUGAAUUUUCAUUUACUUUCAAGAAAAUUUAGAGAAGAAUUCAACCUUAUUUGGGGAUCCUGGGAAUCAUUUGGACAUUUACAGACUCUCUGGGUCUUUAGCCUCUAUCUCCACUGAGACACCUUCAUCCCCUUUGGACUCACUGUUCCUCUCUACUUUCAACUUCAUAGUAAAAUAUUAUAUCCACAGCAAUAUCAGAAGAUUCCAUAGUGACCUAUGACAAGAACAUUCAGGUCCCUCUUAACUUUAUCUCUGACACUCACUUGCUGGGUGACAUUGAAUGGACAUCUUCACUUCUCUGGGACUUCUGAUCCCUAUCUGUAAGAUGAGGAAAAGGGACUCGAUGGGCCCCCAGAAUCCUUCCACCUGGUAUUUCAGCUUUUCACUCUCUUCGGGGCUGAGUUUGGGAGAAUGCAGGUCGUAGAGUAAGAGGAGUAGUGCUACUUAAGACAUCUUGGUUGUUCAUUAGAAAUUCUAGUCCCUGAUCUCUUUGUGGGAUCCAGUGAGAUUGUGAAGUUGGUAGGAUGAGAUUCUGUACUGUAAGCACCUGACAUUAAGCUUUUUUAUUGUAAGUGUCUAACAUUCAGCUUUUUCUUGCUGAGGCAGCCAUUUCAAAAACAUCCAUCUCAAAUAAACACAUUGCCAGCUGUAUGACACAGCUUCUAGCAAAACAACUAGAUAAGGGACCAGGCUACCCCUUCCAUGAAGUUCCCUUUUCAGAAAGCCCUGAGUAACCCGGAUAACUUACUGCUUGAGUGGCCUUGUUUCUCCCUUUCCACAUCCUAAUUCCUGCUUUUAUGCUUUAAAUUCACCAAUAAAGAGUGAACUCAUUAAACCCUAGAUACCCUACCCUUAGACCUUAAUAAAGGCAGAGCCCCAGGUCUGCAGUUUUUCCCUCUUUCCCUGCUUACAACCUUGCUGCGUGGCCCUCUGGCCUACCAUGUACCCUCCAGACUUGUGAGUAGUAAAUCUUGAUCUUCAAAGUUCCUUGAUGGUUUUGCCAAAGUGAAUCUGGUAAUCAUAAUAAGAACCACCAGGGCUGAUCCAACCACAACAUUGCCCCAGUGGUGGUGGGGGAAACAUCUGUAGGGCUCAUUAUGAGUAAAUAUGGCCCACAUGAGUGCCUCAGACAUUCCUAGCAGAGAAUAUCACUAUCUGUAGGCUGAGACUCACACAAUGUAUCUCCCAUGGGAGUUCUGUCUGUGAUCCUAAACUUUGUGAUCAUAUUGUCAUCCACUAAUGAUAAGGCUGACUUUGUCUGGCUUCUGUUCACCAUGUAGGAGAAUUGAAGAAGAAACCUUGGCCCAAAAGUGCACCACUUACUUAGGGAAGGAAAUGGGGUCCCUACAGAUGACAUUUACUCUUUAAAGACUGUCUCCCUUCUACCAGGGCUGAUUGACUGGCUGGUGGUGUGGAUUCUGUGGCUGUAGGAAAGCUGCCAAGUACUCCAGCACUCUCCUUCCAAUAGCCCCUCCACUGGUCCAGUUAGAAUGCAGCAUCUCUGCUGCAUUAUUGACCUCUAUUCAGUUGUAGUCUCUCAGGCAGGUCUCUUCAUUUCAGAGUUCCUCCUCAGACAACAGGGAGUUUGUACCAGAUAGAAGCUCCCUAUAAGCUCUGACAUUCUCUCCUGCUCUCAUAGCAACACAACCUUGACAAACACUAUCUGCAAAACUCUGCUAUCCUCCUGCUUCCUCCUCCACACCCCACUCUGUGACAACAUAUUUACCCUUUGGCCUUCAUCAAAGAAUGUAAGUGACCCAAAGAGAAAAGGGAGCAGGAUGGGAGGAGAGUGCGGGAGAGGGAGAAAGGGACACAGAGACCAUGGAAGAACCAUAGAAAAAGAAAAAAGUCAGACAUAGACACAGGGAAACAAAGAGAUACCAAGAAACCGAUAGAGACACAUUGUCAGAGACAAACAAAAGGGCGUGCAGAUAAAAUGGAAAAUGACUGGAGAACGACGAUGCUUCACAUCUCUCAAAGUUAUCAGGAAGAGGACCUCUCAUGGUAGCAUUCACUCCUAAGGUAGCCUACAAAGUCAGACAAGUUUCUCCUACUGCCCCUGGUUGACCAGGGGACCCAUUCCAACCCUGAAGGCUAAGGAUCAGAAGCCACCCAGUACAAGACCCUUUCCCAGGGCUGUGGGCUAUAGAUGCUGGCUAGUCACAUUGAUGACCUCAGGAACUUGGUGUUCCCCACAGGAAAGGGAGUGGCUGGCUUGACUCCAGCUCUCAUACCCAAGCUACUACUGAAUGAACAGACUGGACAAAGGCAGACAGACAUUUACACGUUCUGGAACUGCCAGACAGGCCAGCUUUUCUUCAGAAUGGAGUCUUCCAGACUUUUGAGAAUCCUGGUGCUAUCCAUCCUUCUAGUGAAUGUCCAGGGAUCUAAUCUGAGUGGCUGGCUCUUUCCAAGGAGAUGCCCCGAGAUCCAAGAGAGAUGUGAAUACCAAGAAAGGGAUGAAUGCACGACGGACGAACAAUGCCCGGACAAAACGAAGUGUUGUGUCUUCAGCUGUGGAAAAAAAUGUUUAGACCUCCUACAAGACGUAUGCAAAAUGCCAAAAGAAACUGUCCCCUGCCUGGGUCUUUUCCAACGUUGGUGGUAUGAUAAGAAAUAUAAUACCUGCUCCACCUUCAUCUAUGGUGGCUGCCAAGGAAACAAUAACAACUUCCAAAGCAAAGCCGUGUGCCAGAACAUCUGCUCAAGAAAAGCGAUGUGUCCCAGAACCAGAGUAAAAUGCCUACAUGAAGAAAGGGAUCAAUGUACGAAGAACAGACACUGCCCAGAGAACAUGAAGUGUUGCAGAUUUGGCUGUAGAAAGGAAUGUUUAGACCUCAACAAAGACGUAUGCAGUAUGCCAAAGGAAUCUGGCCCCUGCAUGGCCUUCAUGCCACGCUGGUGGUAUGAUAAGAAAACUGAGAGGUGCUACAGAUUCAUCUAUGGCGGUUGCCUAGGGAACAAUAACAACUUCCAAUCUGAAGCUAUCUGCCGAAUCAUCUGCCAAGGCAAAAGUAAGUCCCGGGGUCCCAGUCUCCCAUGCUCACCUAGGCCACACUAG